AUGCGGGGCUCGCUGCGUCCGGCGGCUGCAGGCUUCGCCUCCGUCACCGUCUCCACCGACCAGGCCCCCCAGCCGUCGAGCGCCGAGGGCCUGCAGUCGCACCCGCUGCCCGACACGCCGGGCGGGAAGAAGAAGAAGAAGAAGCGCGACAAGCCGGAGCGCAUCACGAGCGAGAACCGCGAGCAGGUCGCCGCGGAGCUCCGCGCGCUGUCCCCGGAGGAGUACAACGCGCUGUACAGCGCCGUGCAGCGGGCGGUGGACUCGAGCGUGGAGCUCCCGGAGAGCUUCCUGGAGCGCGUGCGCGACAUCCAGGAGCGCAACACGGGGUUCAAGCCCUUCGAGCACGUCCGCACGCUGGCGGACAUGAAGGAGGCGGUCCGCCUGGCGCAGCUGCGGCUGAAGCGCGGCGCGGGGCGGCCGACGUUCGGGGUGAAUUACGAGGAGGAGCGGAAGCUGCUGGACCCCGUCGCGCUGCGGCCGGGCGCGGAGAAGAUGGAGCUGAGUCCGCAGCAGGUGGCGGAGCGGUGCAGCCUGACGCUGGUGGGGGAGGGGUGUUUCACGACGCCGAUGCCGGUGCUCGGGGCGCUGCACGGGGCGUUCGCGACGCGCGACGGCGGGUGGGCGAUGUACGCGUGGCCGGAGAAGGCGCAGAAGGCGCUGGCGAAGGGCUACGGCGGCAAGGGCGUGGACGAGGUGGCGCUGGGGCAGGGGAUCUACAGCGACGCGAUCGCGGCGGCGAGCAAGAUGGAGCUGACGGUCGCGAUGAUGGCGUCGCGCGACCUGCCGCUCGCGGAGGCGCAGGACAGGUACGGCGGCAGGCUGCGCGCGGCGCUGGAGCGGCUGGGCCCGACCGAGGCCGACCGGGCGGACUGCGAGAAGCUCGUGGGGAUGUUCGACCCGCGGCGGGUCGAGCUGUUGUCGUGGGUGGACGGGAAGAAGGCGGCGAUGAAGCGCGACACCAUGGUGUGGCUCUCGCCAGUGGGCAAGGCGAUGGUGGUCGAGGCGACGUCGCCGGGGCGGCUGGUCGACAAGAAGACGACGCGGCUGGGGGAGAUCAAGAGCGCCAAGGUGCAGCGCGCGGUGUACGAGGUGCUGCUGGGGCCGGAGCCGGCGGACCCCGUGGGGAAGCUGGCGGUGGGGUACGGGCUCUGUCAGGCGGCGCACGGGGAGCUGAUCAGGCCCGCGGACCUGGUGAAGAAGAAGGAGGCGAAGAAGAAGGAGAAGAAGGCCAAGAAGGAGAAGAAGGAGAAGGAAAGCACGGAGGGGGCGAAGGCGGACGCGGGAAGCAAGGCGGCGCCGUAG